AAAGUCACGUAAUAUAUGUUGAAAUGUAAGCAAUUGUUUGACGAAAUGCCAAAUAAGCCAUAGAUUUGAUGACAAACUUAACACAUCUUAAGUGAAGAUAUCUUCAAGUGAUGGACUUUUUCAAGAGUGGAUGGAAUUCAGUUGUUGGAUCAAAUCCAGACACCAGUCAACCGACAGUUGCAGAAACAGUCGAAAGACUUGUCGAAAGAGUCGAGUCGUCAACUCUUCUUGAGGACCGACGCGAUGCCUGUCGAGCAUUAAAGUCACUGUCGAAGACAUAUCGGCUUGAAGUCGGUGCACAAGCCAUGGAUGCGCUAACAAAUGUCUUGCAAAACGAUUCAACUGAUACUGAAAUAAUGAGUUACGCCAUCGAUACUCUUAAUUAUGUCAUUUCUGGAUCAAUGGAUGAUAUACAAGACAAUACUGUCAAUGCAAGCAGUGGUGACUCAUCACCUGAUUUGGGCGUACAGUUCACUGAAAUAUUUAUAAAACGUAAGCAAAAUGUGUCGCUUCUGUUGGAACUAUUGGCCGAAUAUGACUUCAAAGUCCGUUGGCCUACAGUUAAGCUAUUGAUUGGAUUACUGAAGAAUAAGUUACGCGACUGUCAGGACUGUAUACUCGCUUAUCCGAUGGGUGUUUCCAGACUUAUGGACUUAUUGGCCGAUAGUCGUGAAGUGAUCCGAAACGACGCUUUACUACUUUUAGUGCAUUUAACGAGAAGUAAUGCAAACAUCCAGAAGAUUGUUGCCUUUGAAAAUGCUUUCGACAAACUGCUUGAGAUUGUUGCUCAAGAAGGAUAUAGUGAUGGAGGUGUUGUUGUUGAAGACUGUUUAAUAGUUUUGCAAAAUCUUUUAAAACUGAAUUCGUCGAAUCAGAACUUCUUUAAAGAGGGUUCUUAUAUUCAACGAUUGUUGCCAUUCCUCGACAUUCCUAAUGCCAGUGUUUGGAGCGCACAGAAGGCUACAAAUCUUUUGUUUAUGCUUCGAGUGAUGCGGACUCUUGUCUCACCUAAUAAUCCAUUACAAGUGACCACUUCGUGCCAGAAAGUUAUGCAACAGAGAGGACUUCUCGAGAAGUUAUGUUUUAUUUUGAUGGCCAGCGGAAUACCCGCUGAUAUUUUGACAGAAACAAUUAAUGCCGUAUCAGAAGUAAUUCGUGGUAAUCAUACUAAUCAGGAAUACUUUAGUACAGUUAACGCUCCGACAGUUCCACCGAAACCAGCAAUUGUUGUGUUAUUGAUGUCAAUGGUUAACGAAAAACAACCGUUUGAAUUGAGAUGUGCUGUUCUCUAUUGUUUUGAAUGUUUUUUAUAUAAAAAUGAAUUGGGUCAGGCUCAGAUUGUUCAAACAUUAUUACCAUCAUCUACUGAAGUGGUUGCCGUAACUGCUGGCCAAUUGUUAUGCGGUGGACUGUUUAGUCCCGAUGGUCUAUCAAAUUGGUUUGUUUCUGUAGCAUUAGGUCACGCAUUAGUGGACAAUACGACUCAAAAAGAACAACUUCUUAGAGUACAAUUGGCUACAGAAGUGAGUUCGGCUCCGAUUUCCCUAUUAAAACAUUGUUCGACUAUUUUACAAACGGGUGGCAACUUUCAGAAGCGAAUCAGUCUUCUAAUGUUGUUGUGUACGUGGCUAUCGCACUGUCCAUUAGCCGUCUCUCACUUCUUAAGUAUUCCUACAAACAUACCAUAUCUGACAUCACAAGUUGGUCUCGUAGAGGGCGAUGACCUGGAGAUCCUUAUACAAGGAAUUUGUGCUUUUCUUUUAGGAAUUUGCAUUCAUUUUAAUGACAACUCUGUUCCCAGUUUUACAAAAGAAGACUUGUGUCAAUUGAUUGUUAAGCGAAUUGGUUUAGAGAUAUUUUUGGAUAAAUUGGGAUUCAUUUCUAAGAGUGAAAGCUAUAGUCAAGCCGUACAGAAACCACAACUUUCAUAUAAACGCACUGAAGAUGUUAUUUUUGAUUAUGAAUUUUGUCGUCUUUUUAAAUCACUGGAAGGUCUUGUGAUUAAAUCAUUACAAUUAAAGUCAACUGAUUUGACAAAUGGUCCCGAAUCUAAUAUGACUGUUGAUGAACAUCGACUCCUUAAUCAGUAUAAAGAAGUGAUCCGAGAACAAGACCAGCAAUUGACUGUAGUUCGUCGUGAGUUCGGUGCUCUUAAAGAAGAGCACAGCAGAGUAUUAUUACAAUUACAGGAACAGUCAUCACAUAUUCAACAGCUGAAGGAUCAGAAUUCACUAUUAAAGGCACAAAAAACUGCUUCACAUUCUAGUCUAAGUAAUACAGCAAUUAAUUUGUGUACAAAUGAAUCCCAAAUAUUGGAUAUCAAUCCUGAAAACAACAAUAAUUGUGAAGAACAUAAACUUAAGAUUGAAAACCUUAUAAAGGAUUUACAGGAGAGAGACAAUACAAUAGCAGCUCUUAAAAACGAUUUUUCAAUCAAAGUACAAGAGUCUCAAGCAUUUAUCAGUCAAGAAAUACAAACUGAAAGUCCGGCAAAUAAUGAAAUUCUUUUAAAUGAAAAUAAAGAGUUACAAGAAUUGGUGACAAAAUUGAAGAGUGAUUUGCAAAUCAGUGAAAGUAACUCAUCUGACAAUGACAUGACUAUAGAAAGACAACAACUUGAAUCUGAAUUGGAAACGCUUCGUAAAGAACAAGAAGAUCUACUGGUUUUGCUCACAGAUCAAGACUCUAAGUUAGGACAAUAUAAGAAACGAUUAAAAGAAUUGGGAGAAACGGUUGAAGACGACGAUGAUAACUAUGAUAUCGACGAUUUAGAUAUUAAUUGAAAUAAAUACCAUAUUUUAUCAAAACAUUGUUUAUAUUAU